CUCCCGUGGCCAGCCAGACAAACAAAUCUCUCGCGCCUCCCACUCCUCCCCGCCACUCGCCGCCAGCGACCAACCAUCGCCCGCCCAGCAGCAGCACGGUCCCACGCCAGGACUCGACCCACGCGCGGCUAGCUAAGCUCCCGCCGCCAUGAUCACGGCCCUGCAGGUCUCCGGCGGCGGCCUGCCGCUCCUGUUCGCCCGGCGCCGGCGCCGGGCGUUCCGGCCGCCCCAAGCGGUGGCGUCCGACGCCGCCGCCGCCGCCGAGGGCACGGCGAGGGAGGAUGGCGGGAAGGUGGCCCUGGGCGGGUCCGGCGUAGCCGUCACCAAGCUCGGCGUCGGGGCGUGGUCCUGGGGCGACACCACCUACUGGAACGAGUUCCGGUGGGACGAUACGAAGCUGAAGGCAGCCAAAGGAGCGUUUGACGCGAGCAUCGACUGCGGAAUAACCUUCUUCGACACCGCCGAAGUGUACGGAGCAGGGGUAUCGGGAGCGAUUAAUUCAGAGAGUUUACUAGGAAGGUUUAUCAAGGAGAGGCAGCGGAAGGAGCAGGUGGACGUGGCUGUCGCGACCAAGUUCGCAGCUCUUCCAUGGAGGUUCGGUCGUGGGAGCGUCAUCUGCGCGCUCAAGGCCUCGCUGGAUCGCCUUGGCGUCUCUUCGGUUGAGCUCUACCAACUCCAUUGGCCAGGGAUAUGGGGCAACGAAGACUACCUGGACGGCCUUGGAGACGCUGUGGAGCAAGGGCUUGUGAAGGCAGUCGGGGUCUCAAACUACAGCGAGAAACGUCUCCGAGACGCGUACGAGCGCCUCAGGAAGAGGGGGGUCCCGCUCGCCUCCAACCAGGUGAACUACAGCCUGAUAUACCGGAACCCGGAGGAGAACGGGGUGAAGGCGGCCUGCGACGAGCUCGGCGUCACUCUGAUCGCGUACUCCCCGAUCGCCCAAGGUGCUCUGACGGGAAAGUACACGCCGGAGAGUCCUCCUAAAGGCCCUCGAGGACGGAUAUACACGCCGGAGUUCCUGACGAAGCUCCAGCCACUUAUCAACCGGAUCAAGGAGAUCGGAGGAAGCUACGGGAGGACUUCAACCCAGGUGGUGCUGAACUGGCUGGUGUGCCAGGGCAACGUGGUGCCGAUCCCGGGCGCCAAGAACGCCGAGCAGGCGCGGGAGUUCGCUGGCGCUCUCGGGUGGAGCCUGGCGCCCGACGAGGUGGAGGAGCUCCGGUCCAUGGCGCGCCAGGUCAAGCCCGUCAUCGGCUUCCCAGUGGAGAAGCUGUGACCACCCCCAUGGCACUGGUAUAUAUCAGGUGUAUAGUAGGACUGUAGGUACGUAGAUGGGCAAAGCAUACCAUUUCCAUCGCGAGACUGCGGACGAUGUAUGCUACAUUGCUACUGAACGUAGCGUCACGCCGUCGACCAGAUCACAGUAGCUGUCUGUGCUAAGGACGCGUUUGACUACUUGCGAAAAUCAUGGGUUUACAUGAAAAAAACAUAAAAAGAUAAUGUUUUUAUCCACAA